AUGCCGUUCCGGCUCAAGCUGCGGCGCACACGGCGCUACAAUGUCCUGAGCAAGAACUACUUUGUGACACGGAUUCGCCUUUUGGACAGCAACGUGAUUGAGUGCACCCUGUCAGUGGAGAGCACGGGACAGGAAUGUCUGGAAGCUGUGGCCCAGAGGCUGGAGCUACGGGAGACCCAUUACUUCGGGCUUUGGUUCCAGGGGAAGACCCAGGCCCCAGCUCAGCGCUGGGUGGAACUAGAAAAGCCCCUCAAGAAGCAACUGGAUAAGUUCGGCAAUGAGCCGUUGCUGUUUUUUGGAGUCAUGUUCUAUGUUCCAAAUGUAUCCCGGUUGGAGCAAGAAGCCACCAGGUAUCAGUAUUACCUGCAGGUGAAGAAGGAGGUGCUGGAUGGACGCCUACAAUGCACUGAAGAGCAGGGGAUCAGACUUGCUGGGUUCGCAGUGCAAGCUGACUUUGGAGACUUCAAUCAUUACCCUUCUCAGGACUUCCUCAGGGAGUACGUGCUCUUCCCAGUGAACUGGCCAAAUGCAGAGGAAGUGCUGGAGGAGUGGACUCGGAAGGUUGCUGAGGAGCACAAGAGUCACUGUCGAAUGCAGGCCGCUGAGGCAGAACUGCUGUACAUCAAGGAGGUGGAAAAGCUGGAUGGUUUUGGCCAGGAGAGCUUUGCUGCAAAGGAUAACUACACAAAUGAUAUUUUCAUUGGUGUGUCUUUUAUUGGAGUGUUUGUCAAACACAGAAAUGGCAGAUCCAUCAUGCUCCACAAGUGGAAGGACAUUGGUACCAUAGCACACAACAAGGCAGCCAUCACAGUGGAGAUAACAAACAGAGACGACACCAUCGCUUUUCACAUGGAGGACAUGGAAAUGGCUAAGUACAUAGCUCGUCUUUUCACUUCCAGACACAAAUUCUACAAACAGAACAAGAUCUGUGCAGAGCCCACUCACUCACCUGCACCAAUCAGGAGGAGACCCACAUGGACCCACCGCCUAUCUCUGCCACGGCCUCAGUCCUGUAACUUCCAGUCGGUGCAUUCCCAGUAUGCGGACCAUUAUCAGGACACACAGAGCUCUCAAGACAGCAUCUUUCACGAGGACCCUUACUACAAGUCAGAGACCAGUCUGGACCGCUGUACGAAGGCCUUCCGAAAUGGAACCGUGCCCAAUGGAAGCAUGUACAGCAGCCCCAGCCUCAGCUCCCUCAAUCGCUCCCAGACUUUUGUCCCUCCGUCACCCAUGUCCUCCAACCUCAGCAUCCCUGGCAGUGAGAUCAUGCGUCCUGACUACAUACCCAGCCACCGCCACAGUGCCAUCAUCGCGCCAUCCUACCGGCCCACGCCGGAAUACGAUGCCGUCAUGCGGCAGAAACGAUGCAUGCUGCCCACUCACCAUGACCUCCAGAGCCAGUCUCUGCGCAGUCUGAACAUUAGCAACGCCUGUGCUUACCGCCAGCCUGAGCCUCUGGUGUACAGUCAGCCAGAGAUGAGGGAGAGAGGCCUGUAUCAUGUUCCCGGACCCAGCCCUGGGCCCUACACACCGCAGAUCAGUUACAGUAAGCCAGUGUCACAUGGACCCCAUCAAGGAGGGCCAGCCAGUAGCCAGGGCCCCUGUCAUUCCCCCUGUGUUAACGGAGGUGGAGGUCCUGAUGGAGGUGUUGGCAACUCCAUCUCACAUACUGUCAGCACACCCGAGCUGGCCAACACACAACAGCAGGGAACGAACAUGGGAAGUUACGCGGCCACAGCCAACAUGUUGAGAAACCACAUGUCGCGUCCCCCUCCGCCCUACCCCUCUAACUCCUUCCGCCCGGCCACCAGCACUCCGGACCUCGCCAGCCACCGCCACCGCUGCAUUGGAGGAAGCAGCCCGGAGCUGCUGCCCCGCAUGGUGCAGCUGCUGGUCAAGACCUUCCAGCCGGACAGCUCGGCAGUGGUGCACCAGUCCCUGCAGGAGGUCAGUGAACCUCUCACGGCAGCGGCCAAACACCGGUCCACUCUGGGCAAGAGACACAGUAUGGAGGUCAUCAGCAGCAUGAGAGGGGGAGGAGGGUUGGAGGGCCUGGCGAUGAAGGGCAUCAACGCUCCUCUUCAUCGGAGGAAUACUCUCAGAGAACAUGCCAUGCCAUCUCAGUCUCAGACGAUUUCCCAGCCCCAGCAAACCCCUCAGUUGCAACCUCAGCCGCCAGCCCAAGCACCGCCCCAGCAGCCAAAGGAGGUGCCCAUGCAGAAGCCCGCCCAGAAUGCGCCCGAGACCUCCGCUGCACAUCCUUCAGCAGUUGCGUACCAGCAUCAAAAGACUCUUUCCAAUGCCACAAUGCUUAUACACAGCAGUGAGAGUGAAGAGGAGGAAGAAGAGGAAGAGGAGAGGCCUGAGCUGGAUGUUCAGAUCCCAGGUCUCAACGAGGACAUUAGCAUCAGCGCUCAGCUCCAGGCUGCUCUGGCCAAACUUCCAAACAAACCUCCUCCAGAGUACCCUGGUCCGCCCAGACCUCACACCAACGCUCAGAUUCGCUCUCACAAUCACAACCACACUCACCACCACAACAACAAUCCAGGACAAGCGCAGUGCAACCAGGGACCAAUGGACCCCAAUCAAGUGCUCAAAACUGCCCAGGGCCAGGGUACUGGCACGCCUGGGGGUGGGACUCUGACCAGAGGGGAUCAGAGUGGGGUGAACGGGACAGUUUUAGGUCCAUCCAUUUCAGAACCAGACCUGACCAGUGUGAAGGAGAGGGUGAGGAAGGAGCCAGUCAAAGAGAGGCCGGUGUCAGAGAUGUUCUCUUUGGAGGACAGCAUAGUGGAGAGGGAAAUCGCUCAGAGGACACUGGAGCGACAGAAGAUGUCAGUGGACUCCAUGAAGAGACCUUUGAUGAUGGCUGCCCUCAACGGACUCUGUGUGGCCCGAAUGCCUGUCCCUGAGAGUCCAGCAGAGGAGGCCGGCAAGUCAGCUACAGACGAAAGGUGUAAGAGUUUGGAGUUAAAGCUGGAGGAAGAGCGGGUCUUCACCGAGUAUGAGCAGGUGCCUAAGAAGAGGGCCGAUUCGGUUCUCACAACAGCAACUCUGCCAGAAAACGCUGAGCGCAACCGUUUCCGUGACGUUGUCCCUUAUGAGGAGAAUCGAGUCGAGCUGGUACCCAACAAAGAGAACAACACAGGCUACAUCAAUGCCUCACAUAUCAAGGUUGUGAUUAGAGGGGAGGAGUGGCAUUACAUCGCUACCCAAGGCCCGCUUGCCAACACUUGCGCUGACUUCUGGCAGAUGGUCUGGGAGCAGGGGGUCAACGUCAUCGCCAUGGUUACUGCAGAGGAGGAGGGCGGCAGGUCCAAAAGUCACCGCUACUGGCCCAAACUGGGCUCUAAACACAACUCAGCCACUCAUGGCAAGUUCAAGGUGACCACCAAAUUCCGCACCGACUCUGGAUGUUACGCCACGACGGGGUUAAAGGUCAAACACCUGUUAUCUGGCCAGGAGAGGACAGUUUGGCACCUGCAGUACACUGACUGGCCUGAGCAGGGCUGUCCGGAAUAUGUUCCCGGAUUUCUCUCCUACUUGGAGGAGAUCCAGUCUGUGAGGAGACACACUAAUUCCAUGUUGGACACCUCUAAGAGCCUCAAUCCACCGGUGGUGGUGCACUGCAGUGCUGGGGUGGGUCGUACCGGUGUGGUCAUCCUGACUGAGCUCAUGAUCAGCUGCCUGGAGCACAAUGAGCCAGUGGAGGUUCCUACCAUGUUAUCAGAGCUGAGACAGCAGAGGAUGCUGGUGGUACAGACCAUCUCCCAGUACAAAUUUGUCUACCAGGUCCUCAUCCAGUUCCUCAAGAACUCCCGCCUCAUUUGA